UUAGUUAAAUAACCACAAUAUCAUUUUAUCAAGACACUCCAAAAGCCUUUCUUCUUGGCUUCUUCUUCAAAAAAAAAAUUAGACCAUGUUUGGCUCUUCCACUUUCCAAGAAACCAGCAAUAUCAGUUGUCAUCAAACUAUAAACCCUAAUUUUACUUUUCAUGAUCCUCUCAUCAACAUGAAUCAAGAUCAUGGCCACUACAAUAAGUAUCAAGAUUUUGAUCACACUUCAUUUCUUGAUCUGUUGGUUGAUGGUGAUCAAGAAUAUUCCAACUCAAAUAAUAGCUAUAAUGCUUCAUUUUAUUCGCAAAAUACUCCUUUCAUGCAGCAGGAAAUAAGCACAAGCACCUAUAGUGGAAACUCAUCAUCAACUAGUUCAUUUGAUGCCACACCAACAAAUAUUCACAUGAAUGAAAAUUCAAGCAUGGGGAUGGAGAAAGAAAAGAAGGCUGGAAAAUAUGCUAUUGCUUUUAGAACAAAGACUGAGCUUGAGAUCUUGGAUGAUGGAUACAAAUGGAGGAAAUAUGGGAAAAAGAAGGUGAAAAGCAACACAUAUCUAAGAAAUUACUACAAGUGUUCAAGUGGAGAUUGCAAAGUAAAGAAGAAGGUAGAAAGAGAUGGAACUGAUUCUAGAUAUUUGAUAACCACAUAUGAAGGGCAACACAAUCAUGAACGCCCCUUUGUUAUUUACUGCCAUGAAAUGCCAACAGCCAGUCUUUCCAACGAGUGGAGUUUGCAAGCAACGUCUUCUUGAGGGAACUGUCAAGACUUUAUUAAUUUCAUAAUUAAGACACAUUGUAUGUCGAUUCCUUUAUGUAUAAUUAUAGGAAGAAAAAAUAUGUGUUUUUAUCGCUUUCUCGUGGUACAUAUUCAUGUGAAAUAUAAUAUGCAAAUAGUGUUAUUACUUAAUUGAUGAUAACUUUUGUUGUUAA